UUCUUCUUCUUUUUCGUCAUCGUGUCGACGCCUCACUGUGACUGGCUAUUUGGCCAUCAGCUCCGCAUAGCAUUGCAGAUAAAAUUCAUAUACAUAUACAAUUAUACAGCCUGUGGUGUGUAGGUUCGUAGAGCAAAUCAAAAUUUGCAGUAAUAAAGGCACUAGCGAGGACCUUAGCAACGUCAAUAAUACGCAAUUUAUAGCAUCAGACACGGGACAGCCGACGAGUGCAGCCAAUUGAUGGAUAAUACGAGAAAAUAAUCGUAAUUGGCAAGUUCAAUGCACGAAUAAUAUAUUUGGUUAUAUUUGUGAGUGUGCGUGAGUGUAUUGGUGCUUGAUAAGUAUAUGUGUCGAUUUCUUAUUCACUAAAACUCCUGGAUAAAGUGCCGUGAAAAUUGCGUAAAAUCGAAAUCCUCCCACGCGACGGACCCCAUCCGAGUCCGAGUCUGAGACCGAGUCCGAGUCCAGAGUGCGACUGCACCGUGUCGUACCGUCCCCAUUCACAGGACGGACGGGAUGUAGCAGGUCGGGCGAACAACGUCAAGAGAGCGAAGAACAUAGAACACAGAAGGCGGAGAUGUUGGAGCGGCUCGAGCUGAGCAAUCCCCAGUGUCAGUGAGUAGUGAGUCAAAGUCAAGUGUGUUCUCGUUCGGUGUUGUGAAAUUCUCCGUACUCACUUUUAGGGAUUACAUUCCCGUGCAUCUAAACGUCUAAAUUCUCUAGUGAAUUCUAUACUAAAGUUUGAGCCGAGCCAAACACACACAAAAAAAAAAAAAACCAAAAAAGAAUCACCGACUGCUGCUCAACGAGGCAGUAGUAUAGGAAGAAGAAGAACGGCAAAGAAAAAACUUGUUUGAAAAAAAGAAAGAAAAGUCCGAACGGAACGAAAAGACGGACGCAAGACGAGACGCCCAAAGAAGCUGAAGCAGAAUCGGCGUGGAUCUCUGGGCAUCUUUUCCUAGAGAAUCGCCCGAGAGCAACGACGUCGUCCGCGACGUCACCAAAACACAAAACAACGCAGAAGCAGAAGGUGGUCCACAAACAGGAACAGGCAUGGACGAGGAUGACAACCUGUCAAAUGCCGAUAUCAGCAUCGAUGACGAGGACGAUGAUGGGGACAGGGCACGGGCCAUGGUCCAGCCCAUGGUAGACGAGGAUGAGGAUGACGACGACGAUUCCGAUGUGGAUUUGUCAUCGGUUUAUGUGCAGGCGGCGGGCCAUGUGUCUGUAGGUUCGGGUGAUAGUGCAACCGGUGCCGAUGUCGUUGCCGCUGCUACCGCCGCCUAUGCCCGCGCGAUUGGGGAAGGGAGUGGCACUGCCACUGCCACAGCAGCUAGAGCUGGCAAUUCCCGUUCGCCGUUGCAUGACAAGUACUCAAGUGCGGCAGGCGGUGCAACUGGCAGUGGCAGCAGCUCAAAUAGCAGUGGACACUAUGGAACCGGGAGUUCGGCUGCUGGAGCAGCAGCAGCUGGCGAGGAUGCUGGCGCCAAGCCGAGCUUUUUCUUUGGCACCUCCUCAUUCAGCCUACGCAGCCGCAAGGAGGUGGCCGCCCUCAUCAACACAGAGUGCUGCCGCGGCAGUCCCACACCCGAUCUGGACUCCAUUAUGGAUACGCUCUUCAAUCCAGGCACGCCCAUCGAUAAUCCCGACAACAUCGAGUGGAUACGCUGGCUAAUCGCCGGUGGUCGUACACCGCAGGAGUUUGUCAAGAUUGUGCGCAGCUAUGACAACCACGCCAAGUGCGGCCUUGUGUGGGUGCCCCAUGUGGUGGCCUAUCGGUGCCGCACCUGCGGGAUCUCGCCCUGCAUGUCCAUCUGUCGGGACUGCUUCAAGAAGGGCAACCACACAAACCAUGACUUUAACAUGUUCUUGUCCCAGGCUGGCGGCGCCUGCGACUGCGGCGACACGUCCGUGAUGAAGGCCGAAGGAUUCUGCAGUGACCAUGGCAUCAAUAAUCGCGUGAAUCGCGAUCCCGUGCCCAACAAUCUGCUGGCCGUGGCCGAGGCCAUCAUGCCGAAGCUGCUCUUCCGCCUGUUGCAGCACUUUCGCGAGCAUAGCGACACCUCACUGCAGGUGCACGCCAUGACCUCGUACUCGUGCGAGGAGUUCGCCAAUAUGCUGAUCGACCUGAACAACAUGGGCGAGAUCAUGCGCAAGGUGAUGACGCGCACCCUGAUCAAUCACGAGGUGUACGCCUACUUUAUGGAGACGCCUUGCCAGGACACACGCAACGGACGAUUCCUGAAGGCGAAUCGCGAAAAGUACGAGGACGCGGUCAACCGGUUCCCAAAUCCGGAGCCACCCGACGAGUACCGUGACCUGCCGGCGCUCUGCGAAAAGCUGGUCCACACCACUCUACUCGAGGAGUUCAUAUUCUGGACAUUCAAGUUCGAGUUCCCCCAGACACUCGUCUGCUUUCUGCUCAAUAUGCUACCCGACCAGGACUACAAAGAACACUUGACCCGCACCUUUGUGAUGCACUACAGCCGAAUUCCGUCCGUGCUGGAGAUGUCACGCGAUCCGGACACGCUAAGCAACCGCGUGGUCCACAUGAGCGUUCAGCUCUUCUCCAACGAGAGCUUGGCCCUCAAGAUGGUCAACGAGCUGUCGCUGUUGCAUGUCAUGAUUAUCAGCCUGAAGCUAAUGAUGUCCAAGAUACUCAUCCAGAAUACACUGCACGAUCCCGGCAAGAACUUUCACUUUGUCAUCGAUUGUACGCGCCAGGUGAUGAAGGAUCAUUGCUAUUGGCCGCUUGUCUCGGACUUCAAUAACGUGCUAUCGCACGAGUCGGUGGCCUUGGUCUUUCUUCGGGACGACAACCUCAUCGACAUGUGGUUUCAGUUCCUCCAAAUGCUUCAGGGAAUGAACGUGAAUGUCCGGGAGACGGCCUCCCAUGUGGAAUUCGAACCUAACAGCUACUAUGCGGCCUUCUCCUGCGAACUGGAGGCCAGCGCCUAUCCCAUGUGGUCGAUCAUAUCCCAUCUGCAGGACGGCACUCAUGCCCAUCUGGCCAAAAAGAUCAUCAACUAUUGUGUGACGACGCUGCACGAGUGGCUUGAUUCGAUUUACUUUAUGGAGGCAAGACUCUCAAUGGAGGAAAUGAUGCAGGCCUCAUUCCAUUUUCCGCUGCAUCGGUAUCUGGCCGCCUUUGUCUGUCAGGCGGUCACCAAAAUGGGCAUUCCCCUGAGCGAAGUGCUGCCCUCGCGUCCUUACCUCUUGCCGCUGUUGAUGAUCCAUCCGCUCCGUGUUCAGAGUUUCUUCUACGAGAUUCUGGCUGGCAAAUGGGUGCGAAAUGGCCUCCAGAUCAAGGGCCAGGCCAUGACCUACAUACAGGCCAAUUUUUGCAACUCUAUGGCUGACAUGGACCUGUUUUUCCUACAAAUAUGCGCAACCAAUCUGCCGCAAUACUUUUUCCUGCAGAACACUAUCGAGCUGUUCGACGUGUCCCAGUGGCUGGAGACGGCACCGCUGAAGCAGCCCCAAAAGGCGGAGCAGUCCUCCAUGCUGGAGGGCUUCCUCACAUUCCUCGCCACCCUGGUCACCAGUCGCACCAAUCUGGGCAACGAUGAGGCCACCCAAUGCAUCAUCGAGAUCAGCGCCCUGCUGGCCACCGAGAACAAGACACACUCGCAGCUGCUCGAGCUGAUGCCGGAGCGGUCGGGCAAUGUCCAUACCAAGAACUUUGAGACCUUCCUCAAGAAGCUGUCGGUAUACAAGGCGCCGUCGAGUGGGUCCGAGAACCUCGAGCAGGGGCUCUUCACACCCAUCGACGAGGUGUGGGAGAAGUACUAUGAUCCGCUGCACGUCCUCCUGCGGGCUGUGCACCGGCGCGACUUUCAGUCCUCUCUGGACCGCUUCACAGCCUAUGUCAAGUCCAAGGAGAAGAUGCCCGCCAGUGGCAACCUCUGGCCGCCGUUCCGUCUGCCACAAGCCCUGCCCACGUCCAGCUCCUUCACUGAUCCCUGCCGCAUACUGAACUCGCGCGUCUUCCACUCCACCAUCCUCUCGAUCUUUUUCCGGGCCGUGCACACGCGCGAUGUCUCCGAGCACCUGCUGGCCCUGGCCGUCUUUCUGCUGGAGAUGGCGGUGGAGACGAGCAGCGAUGUCAGCGACAGCCCGCCGGCGGCCGCGGCCGCCAUGGUUGAGUGCGGAGGUGGUGGUGGAGGCGGAGGGGGAUACCAUCACGGAUACAACCAGGGCAGGCAGGAGCCUCCGCGACUGUUCCAGUGCUAUCCCACGGACAAUCUCAGCUGCAACCUGCGGCACCUGGUCACGAAGCUGUCCCUGAAGUCGCGCGAUCCGCAAGUGAUUGGGUCCAGCUACCGCUCCAAUCCGUUCUACUCCGAUCUAGAGUUCGACGUGGAGCCAGACUCGGGAAUGGGCAUGCGGAUGAUCGGACAGAUAGAGUCCGAUGGUGAUGAGGCGGCUGGCGGAGGCGGACCGGGAGCGGGAGCAGGAGUGGGAACGGGACCUGGAGCGGGUGCCAUGACUGUGGCGCGCAGGAACAUGUCGCAGGCUCUGGUGCCAAUGCGAAUGCCCGGAAUGGAAGUGGCUCUACCGCCGGAUUUGUCCGUUGUGCCGGAGACCGGAGUGAUCAUCCGGCAGGACAGUAACGAGGAUGACCUCCUGCGAGAUCGGGAUACAGCCAUGGAUUUGGGUCCCGCCGCCCUCGACUUUCACUUCCCCAUGCAGCAGAUCACGCUCCCAGAGAGCGGCAUGGAGGUGGCCAUACGACGUGACCUCCUCCUGGCCGAGAGCAAUCAUGUGGCUGGAGUAGCUGGAGCGGUCGCUGGCAUUGGCAUUGGCACUGGACCACCGGCGCUGGCUGCGCCCAGCGAGAUGUUCUCUCCCACGACUCCCACCGGCAGCGGUAUGCUGCUGCCGUUCCAGCGCGUCCAACCGGUGGCGGUGCCGAGCAGCGGCAACAUGGACAUUGUACCCUCGAACGCCCUCGGGAUGGGCAGCUUUGCCGGCAGCGGGCGGCGCAUGAACUACGAUGCCACUGGGACUCGCAAGCGGUCCGUCGACAUUGCCAUUGGGGGCAACAACAAAGACGACCUGCACAUGGACGAGAGCAUUCUGUCGCUGCUCCUGAAGCUGCACUCCCAGCUGAGCGGCACCCUUGACAGCUUUUCGCUUAGCGAUGGUGAGGAAAACUCGGAACUAGGAUCAGCAACGGCAUCGCCAUCGCCAUCGGCAUCGGAUCAGCAGUCCAUGGAUGUGGACUGCAAUGAGGCGAGCACAUCGACGGCCGCGGCAGCUGCCGAGAGCACUGCCCUGGCCGAACGGCAGGGGCGGGGUCGUCGCAACUACAACAACAUCUAUGUGUCCGAUUCUCGGAUCGGCGACGGGCCCUUCUUCAUUGGGAAUUUGCUGCGCAAGAUUGCCAAACGGGACGAGCUGUGCGCAGUGAGCAUCGACGAGAUACGGGCCCGCCUCUGGCCCAAUCAGCGCGAGAAGCAGGCGGAGGCGAGGGCACGGGAGAGCAAGGAGAAGGAAGAGCGCCGCAAGAAGGCGCGCGAGCGGCAGCAAAAGAUGAUGCAGGACUUUGCCAACAAGCAGAUGCAGUUCAUGCAAUCGGCGGCAGCGGCGGCCAAUAACAUGGACAACGGGUUGGAGGACGACGAAGAUGAGGAUCUGUACGAGGAGCAGCCGCGCGAGAAGGAGUACGACUGCAUCAUCUGCAACUGCACGACGCCCAGCACUGAAACCAAUCCAAUUGGCCUGGUGGUCCUUGUCGAGUCCAGCGGCAUUGUUGGCCAUCGUCGGCGCAUUGCCGAUCGUCUGCCGCUCCCCCUCGACGCCGGGGAAGAGCAACGGCUGGCCCGCAGCACCCGCCUGGCCUCAGAGUUCAGCCGCCGCACCGAGCUGCUCAGUUUGAAGUUUGGCGACGAGUCCUGGUAUCUGUCCAACAACAUGUCCUACGACAACGGCGUCCAUGUGCAGUCGUGCGGCCACCACGUGCAUCUGAGCUGCCUGGAGGCGUACCUCAAGACGUUGUACACCACCCAGCGGCAGCCGGUACAGGACCGCGGCGAGUUCUAUUGCCCGGUGUGUCGGCAGCUGUCCAACUCGGUGCUGCCCCUCAGUCCACAACUGGACCGGCCCACGCAUCUGGUCAGGUCGGGCAAUCAGCCGUUCGAGCAGCUGGUCGCCGAUCUCUCGGACCUGAUCAAGGAGAAUGAAACGAUACCGGUAAGAAAGCCACCGACAAAACUGACGGAGGCCAUGGGCCAUGCCAUGGAGGUGAUGACCAACAUUUCGCAGCGCAAGGUGAAGUGCGCCUCCAUCACGUUCCGCAAGCUGUUCAUCUUCGUGACGUCGAUAGCGCGCACCAAUCUGGAGGCGGAGAUCAUCCAACGCGGCGGAUCACUGUGCACAUCGAAUGCCACGCGCUAUAAGCCGAAGAGGGACUGCAUUGUGCCGCUUCUGCAUGUGCUAUCGGUGCAUGUGCGGGUCCUGGUCGAGUGGCCACUGUGGAGCAGCUGGGCCUUGCUUGCGGGACUACCCGUGAGCGAUGCGGAGCCGCUGCCGGCCCAUUGCCAGGAGCUGAUACCUAGUCUGCUAGCGGAUCCCAUUGCACUGCUCCUGAAGUUCAUUCUUUUGGCACCGCUGCACUUGGACCAGGACUACUUCACCUGCAUGGUGAAGGUGAUGUACAAUUUGUUGUACUACCAAAUUGUCGUCCAGCUUUGCGUCACCCUGACGGAUCUCGAGUGCGAAAACAUUCUGAAACUAUACGGCAGCUCUGGGAGCAGCAGCACUACCAGCACCAACACCAGCGCCAGCGGCAGCGCCAACGCCAACGCCGGCAGCCAGCCGACGGAGACGGCAACACCGGCAACAGUGGAAACAGCGGAAACAGCGGAAACUGCGGAAACUGCAGCCGUUGUCAGCUCCAGCGCCUCUGCAUCUGCCUCCGCCUCCGCCGGCUCUGUGCCCUCGUCCAACAGCCGCCGCAGCAGCUCGAGCCGCUUCAGCGGCCAUCAGCAGCAGAGCGCCUCCCAGCUGGGACGGGCCAUGGCACUGGUGUUGGGCGAGACCGAUUGUCUGAUCAAUCUGCGUCGCGACAGCAUAGCCAGCACUUCUGCGGCAGCGAGCAGCAGUAGCAGCAGCAGCAGCGGCAGCAGCUGCGGUCCUGGCCACGGAUACGGCUACGGCUACGGUCACGGCCCCGGCCACGACUAUGGCCCCAGUCACGGCUACGGCCCCGGCCACGGCUACGGCCACGGCUACGGCCCCGGCCACGGCUACGGCCCCGGCCCCGGAACGAGCGGAGGGACAGCAUCGUCGUCAGAUGUGAAUCUAAAAUCGAUGGAGCUGCAGCUGCAGUCGCUGUGCCUACCAUUCCUGCGGGUGGCGGCCCUGCUGCGUCAGCAUUUGUAUCGCCAUGAGAUGCCGGAGAUAUCGGCGCCGGGUCUGGAGUUUGUGCGUCUGGUCUACUACCUGGAGCUGGUCACCGACUCGAUGGACUGGGACUGUUUCAAUGCCAGCAAAGGCCUGUGCUUCAUACCGGGCACCGAGCACACACUGCCCCAGUUCUGGUGCAAACAGCUGCGGGAGGUACGCCCGCCCUCGGACACCAUCCGGGAGCUGGUGCUGAUCAACCAGCAUUCGCUUUGGCAGCAGCCGCGACUGCUCGAGCUGCCACGCGAGUACGAGCGUCUGUUCACGUACUACCACGAGCGGCCCUGCCUCAAUUGCUACAAAGUUCCAAAGGAAAGCUCCAUUUGCCUGCUGUGCGGGACGAUUGUGUGCCUCAAGCAGAACUGCUGUGCGGAGAACGAUUGCUGUGAGGCAGUACGGCACACGCUGUCCUGUGGCGGCGGCAUUGGCAUCUUCCUGGUGGUCACCUCCACGUACAUCAUUGUCAUACGCGGUCGUCGCGCUUGCCUGUGGGGAUCGCUCUACUUGGAUGACUUUGACGAGGAGGAUCGCGAUCUCAAGCGCGGCAAACCUUUAUAUCUGAGCCAGGAUCGUUUCAAUUUGCUGGAGUCGCAGUGGCUCUCGCAUAAGUUUGCUCACACAAAACACACCUGGGUGUUUCACCGCGAUCUCUUGUGAAAUAUGGAAGAUUUACUGCGCAGCAUACAGGAGCUGGUUGGCCAGAUCUAGCGGGAAAAGCCAAGUCAAGUCAAGUUUUCAGUUACCAGUUUCCUGUUUGCUGUCUGCUCCACGCCUAGUCGUCCAUCACCAGUCAAUAAUCCCAAAAACCCCAGAAACCCCAGAAACACCAGAAACAC